CUUGUAGCAUUUGACAAAAUACAAAUAGAAGGUUCAGAAAUUAAAGAUUUUAGUAUUCUUGAUGCUAUUAAUACUACUUCUGAACUAAAAGAGAUCGGUAUGCCAGCAGAUGAAUCAAAAGUUGAAAAUAAAAUUGAUGACUCUAUAGAUGCAAAUGAAUUUAUAAACAUUGAUGCUGAUAUUGCUUUUGAGAUGCUAUCUGAUAAUGAUAUAAUCUGCAAUAUUGAGAGUAAGAAUAACCAUCUUACUGAAGAAAAAUAUUAG